AUGCCAGAUUAUCCAGGUCUCGGCCUUCCCCUGCGCCAUGAUCCACAAAGCCUUUCCGACGACACAAGUCAUUAUCCAAUUGGUGCCCAUCACGGCUGUUGGGGUGCGACGUCCAAAUUAAUUUAUGUCCGAGAGCUGGCCAUGAUGAGCGUCAUGGAUCGUCUCACGGAUAAGGAAGAUUGGCACAAGAAAGUCUUCAACGAGGAAAUCGUGUCCAAGUGGCGUGCAGAAGCUCUAGCUAUUCCAGACGAACAAUUUUGGAUAAUGGCAAUUCGUGAUAAGCAACAAAAUCGGAGCUACGACGACACUAUUCACUCGAAUCAUGAUAGACUUGACAGACAGCUAGAGGGAACCAUGAACACCAGUACUUUUGAUUGUUGUAUCGAAGAACUUCGAAGCAAGGCCAAGUAUUAUGAGAAAACCAGUGUCAUUCCAACUCUUGACGCCUGCGCGUCUGUUGCCAAAUCGGAUCGUUUGGUCUCUGCUGAGCUCCAUAGAUCUCUGCGCGACGCGUUUGAUACGCUCAAGAGGGAUCAAUCCUCAUCACUCGACUGGCAUCCAAACUCGAGUGAAAUGGUUCAAGACCUUGUACAUCCUUCAAUGUACCCUUUAGUCUACGGUCGUAGCCGAGUCAUGAAAGAUGAAGUCGUUGGAGUCAGUGAUGCCGUUGAAAAAUGGGCAGGAAAAGGUGAAAUCAUCCCAUUGGGAGGGGCAAGCGCCACGACUAAGGGAUAUCAAAGUUGGGGCGCAGGACUAAACCAUUAUUGGUCAGACAAGUAUCAAUGGUUGCCCGCAAAUAUAGCUUUCCAAGAAGAUGGAACAGUCAAAUUUACCAGUUACAUCAACAACAUUCAUCCAACCAAGUACCCUGAGAUUUACAGGACAAUUGAAAAGUUGGUCGAGACUACUCUUCCCUUAUGGAAUCAAUGUCUUGCUCUUAAUACAAACUAUGAUAAAAAUCAUGGUGCGGGAAGAAUAGAGCCUCGAUUCCCGUACCCUGAUGACCGGGACGACGAAAAUCCGGAGCUAUGGAAUCCUCCGCGCGCUGAGCAAGUAGUUGGCGAAAAGAAAUCCGAUUUCGGCAGUGGCAAUGAAGAUGAAAUAGAUAUCGAAGGCAUUGACAAUGAAAUAGAAGAGGAAGAAGCUGAAGAAAAAUGGAGGGAAAUACGCAAACCCGUCAUUCCAGAGCCUUUUUUCGAAGAUGUUGACUAUUCAAUCAAGCUUCGCAUUGAACAUCAAUUUCAAGAGUCCGGUCUCCAAAUCAUCAUUAAGAUGGCAUCUAUUGAACUUACUCCGGAAAAGCCUGAAUUUCCGGCGGGGAGUUGGCAUAUCGAGGGACAAAUGAAUGAGCACAUUGCCGGUACUGCGCUCUACUAUCUUGAUAGUGAGAAUAUCACUUCGAAUGAUCUCUCAUUCCGUAUGCAGACACCAGAGCAAAUUGACGAUGAACUCGGAACUGGACAAGAUGCCUACUCUUGGCUAGAGCAGGUCUUUGGAACAAAUCUGGGGCAGGGUGAUUCCCCGUGUCUUCAAAAUUAUGGUAGUGUCGAAACACGUCAGGGAAGAUUACUUGCUUUUCCUAACGUCUUUCAACACAAAGUUUCUUCUUUUCGCUUAGAAGAUCCGACCAAACCAGGCCAUCGACGAUUCAUCGCCCUAUGGCUCGUAGACCCAACCUUGCGUGUUAUUUCCACCGCCAAUGUUCCACCGCAACGAUUGGAUUGGUGGGUCGACUCUGUAUUUAGAAAUAGCCCCGAGGCUCGUAAAGCAGCUUUGUCGAAGCUUCCUGCGGAGUUAGUAAUGCUCUUGAAUGAGAAUGGCUUGAAUGCGGAUACUUCGGCAAAAGAUAUGAAACUCUCCCCGGAGUUGAUGGAAAUGGUGCGAGAGCACUUUAAUACCGGUGGUAAUCCAUUACUUAUGGGGAUUGAAGAGACUAAAGAGCAUAGACUCAAACUGAUGGAAGAACGUGGCGCUUUUGUGAGAACGGCUGGACAGGAAUGGCAUAAUUCAGGUUAUAAUUUCUGUGAGCAUUGA